UGCUACGACAUAAAAUGCUACGCGCGCUUGCUACGGCCACCAAAACCGGAGAGCGAUCGCUACGGCGUAGACGCGCUACGCACACCGCGAACUUCUUUCGAAAAGUGUAUAUUUUCGGUUUUCCACAUCACACCAUGAGUUGUUCCCGAAGUGUUGCGUUGCUGGCGGCAUUGUGGCUGGUGGUGGGAGCCACCUCCUCCCCCGUCAGGAGAUCACCAGACCUUGAGGCGAGACGUAGAAGUGCUAUCGACAGGAGUAUGAUUAGAUUCGGCCGUUCAUACCCCCAAGAACCUUCAGCAGCAGAUCUCAGAGAAGCCUUCCAGCGCCCCACUCGCAGAGGGAACAGUUUCCUCCGCUUCGGACGCUCCCAACCCCUCACCCUCUCCACCGACGACCUGGUCUCCCUCCUCAGAGCAUACGAAGAGGACUACGACACCCCCAUGACGAAAAAAUCCGCCAGCUUCGUCCGUUUCGGACGGGACCCUAACUUCAUCAGGCUAGGCCGUUCCGCUGAAGACGAGAAGAGUGCUUUUGAGCAGAAUUCUGAGCUGGUGGUCAGUGGAUAUCCUCAGAGGAAGAGCCGAGCGAGGGACCACUUCAUCAGGCUUGGAAGGGACAGUGAGGAGAUGAAUGAGAAUGAGUUGGAAGAGAGUGAGGAUAGCAGAAGGAAGAGGUCCGUUGAGGCGUGCCAUGACUGCCAGUCGUAAUCUCUUUGUUACUUUUCCAUUGCUGUUCUAACCGCUGUAUGAAAAUUUUUAUUGUGAACUAAACAGGCAAUAGGUGGUUUUUCCUAUGUAUCUGUUACUAUAUUUUUAAUUUCAAUAAUGAUAGUGUUUUGUUCCCUUUUGAAUGUGGAAGCCUGUAUUUUAAUCUGUCAAUUUUAAAACUAUAUUAUGUGGUGUAAGUGAGAAGUAUACUACUCUCAUCCUGCGGUUUUUAUUGUAUUUUCUCUACAAUUUUGGACAGGCUAAAGUUUUCUAAAAGGCUUAAACUAUGUGGUGCAAUUGAUGUUAAAAAAAUAUAAAAAAUGAAAUAAGUAUUACUACUAUAGGUUUAAUAUUUUAGCAAAGUACAGUUAAAACAUUUUAACAGUUAUAUUUUACAAAUUAAUGUAUUUAUCUUGAAGCAUAAUACGCUUACUCAUAUUUUGAUCUCAAAUAUUUAUAAGCACCUAUUUUAUAAAUCAUUUACUAUAACAUAUAAAACCUU